CAAAACAGUACCGGGGCGCGCCAAACAUCACCAGCAGGCGACCUAAUCCAUCCAGACUAAAGCUAGACUAAUAAAUAGUAUAAUCAAUAAUAACAGGAUAAGGGAAGAAGAAGAAGAAGAAGGCAAAACCAGUUUCACUACUCACUUCCAUUCUUCUUCUUACUCUAAUGGCCGCAACACUAAGCAACUGUUGCUUCUCUGCUCUCAACUCCACCGUUAAGCUUCGUGGUUGCUCUGUUUCUACUCGACCCGCCUUCUCUACGCUGCAAACUUCCCUUUCUUCACUCACUCCCAAUAAUUACAAGAACAGACUUUGUCGUUCCACCAAAGCCUCGUCUUCAUCUUCUGCUCAUUUUGGCAGAGAGAAGGAAUCUGUUAGUGGAAAAGAAUUUCGAGGAAGGAGAGAUGAAAGGCCGUCUAUAUACGCAGAUGGGUCUAAAAGUAGAGGAGAUGGCGGAAAAGCUCAAACUACAGCUUUUAAAUCUUUUGGAAUGCAGAGGAAGGACAAGAAAGAGAAGGAGAAAGAGUCUGUGUUCGAUAGAAAAGAGCAGCAGGUUGAAGCGGGAAAUCUUCAAGAUGCAACUUUUCUUAAUGCUGUUGUUAAGGUUUACUGCACCCACACUGAGCCCGAUUACUCUCUUCCUUGGCAAAAACAAAGACAAUUUACAAGUACCGGAAGUGCUUUUAUGAUCGGUGACGGGAAACUUUUGACAAAUGCACAUUGUGUUGAACACGAAACACAGGUUAAGGUGAAAAGAAGGGGAGAUGACACCAAAUAUGUUGCCAGGGUUUUAGCUAGAGGUGUUGAUUGCGAUAUAGCUUUACUCUCAGUAGAUAGUAAGGAAUUCUGGGAAGGAGCCGAACCCCUUGAAUUGGGACGUUUGCCACAUCUUCAGGAUGCAGUAACUGUUGUAGGAUAUCCCCUUGGAGGAGACACCAUCUCGGUGACGAAGGGUGUUGUAUCACGAAUAGAGGUUACAUCUUAUGCACAUGGAUCAUCUGAUUUAUUGGGCAUACAAAUUGAUGCAGCAAUAAAUCCUGGUAAUAGUGGUGGUCCUGCAUUCAAUGACCAUGGGGAGUGCAUUGGGGUGGCGUUUCAGGUCUACAGAUCUGAAGAGGCUGAGAAUAUUGGAUAUGUUAUUCCAACUACAGUUGUCUCUCAUUUUCUGGAUGACUAUGAGAGGAAUGGGAAGUACACUGGUUUCCCUUCUCUUGGCCUAUUAUUGCAAAAGUUGGAGAAUCCAGCACUACGUGCUUGCUUGAAAGUAAAGUCUAGUGAGGGUGUUCUGGUGCGUAGAAUUGAGCCCACAGCAGAUGCAUAUAAUGUCUUAAAGCAGGGGGACGUGAUUGUAAGUUUUGAUGAUGUUCGUGUAGGAUGUGAAGGAACAGUGCCAUUCCGAUCAAAUGAGCGUAUUGCUUUCCGAUAUCUCAUAAGUCAAAAAUUUGCUGGCGAUGUUGCAGAGAUAGGUGUUAUUAGAGCUGGGGAAUUUAUGAAAGUUAAGGUAGUUCUAAAUCCACGAGUGCAUUUGGUUCCAUAUCAUAUUGAUGGAGGUCAACCUUCCUACUUGAUCAUUGCUGGUUUGGUGUUUACCCCUCUCUCAGAGCCACUAAUAGAAGAGGAGUGUGAAGACUCCAUUGGGUUGAAACUGCUGACAAAGGCGCGAUACUCUUUGGCUAGGUUUAAAGGAGAACAGAUUGUACUCUUAUCCCAGGUCUUAGCAAAUGAAGUCAACAUUGGAUAUGAGGAUAUGAGCAAUCAGCAGGUUUUGAAGUUAAAUGGAACUCGAAUAAGGAACAUUCAUCACUUGGCACAUCUUGUAGAUUCAUGCAAGGACAAGUACUUGGUCUUUGAAUUUGAAGACAACUACAUUGUUGUCUUGGAGAGGGAAGCAGCCACCGCUGCUUCAUCCUGCAUUCUAAAAGAUUAUGGCAUUCCAUCAGAAAGAUCUUCCGAUUUGUUGGAACCCUACGUAGAUUCGGUGGGAGACAACCAAUCAUUAGACAAGGAUUAUGCUGACAGCCCAGUUUCAAAUUUUGAAAUCGGUUUCGAUGGGCUCAUUUGGACAUGAAUUAUUGCUAAGUCUUAAAAGAGGCCAUUCUGAAAUUUCUCAUUGCAUCACAAGCAGGAGGGCAGGCAUAGUUGGUUUCUCGUAAAAUUGGUACCAGACCUGCUUUUCCUUAGUGCCAUUUAACAGUUUAUUUGGGAGGUUUUUAACUUGGCUUUUUUUAAGUAGAUUUUCUGAAAGUCAGUUAAAUCAAUUUUUCAAAUUUAUUUUUCUUGUCAAGGAGGGCAUCAAGUAGUAAUUAGAAGUCGUUGCAUCUCAACCCUGAAAUAAUUCAUGUAAUUGGCAAUGCAAUGGCAAAAUUAUUGAGUUAUUUAUUAUUUGAUAAACAAAUUGAUUAUUUAUUUAUUUAGAGUGGGUUGCGCCUUUUUUA